AUGUUUCUUCUUGAUACCAUCGAUAACCUACCUCGGUGCCCUGUCUCCAAUUCACUCAUGCAGGUAUUUCUUGGGACUCUCAAGGAGACAGGUGCCCGUGAUGUCCCUUUGCUCUACAAGCUUCGCCAUACACAAGAGAAACUACGCCAGAAGUGUGGCGUACCCUCUAUACAAUGCCAGUCUGAACUCGGGAAUGUCUUCUACAUGAAUGAUAUUCGGAGUAUCAUCACCAAGGAUUGGGCAAACCCUCAGACUCGACCACAUAUCCAUGUCUAUCCUGAGGUCCCAGAGGGUGGAAUCCGUGAGGUCUGGCAUGCUAAUAAGUGGCGCCACAAGAUGGACACACGGAUGCUCAGCCCGAUGUACGAUGCCGGUGCUGGUAAGCACUUCUAUGUCAACGAGCUGGCCAAGCUGCAGGAUGGAACCUUUGUUAUUCCUAUACGCUGGGUUGUAGUCCAUGGUGAAGUUCAUGCAGAUGCAUUUACUGUAACAAUUGACCAAAGUGUGAGCCAUGCCCUUCGUCCUCUCAAGCAGGUCCAACAAUUGGAGGCUGAAUAA